CCGUGAGCUUUUCCUUUCGCCUCUCGCGCCCUCGAUCCCUGCGCGUGAGCUGCCGUUGCUGCUGCUAACAGGUGUUGGGUUACACUCACACAUACACUUUAUCCACGAUGGUGAGAAUCAGCGUCUUGAACGAUGCGUUGAAGAACAUGUUCAACGCGGAGAAGCGGGGGAAGCGUCAAGUGCUCAUCCGCCCUUCCUCCAAGGUCGUCAUCAAGUUUUUGUCCGUGAUGCAGAAGCACGGAUACAUUGGAGAAUUUGAGCUGGUAGAUGACCACCGAGCUGGAAAGAUCGUAGUGGAGCUUAAUGGCAGGUUGAACAAGUGCGGUGUCAUCAGUCCCCGUUACAACGUGGGAGUUGGUGAGCUUGAAGCUUGGACUGCUCGGCUCCUACCUUCUCGCCAGUUUGGUUACAUUGUGAUGACAACGUCAGCUGGCAUUAUGGAUCACGAUGAGGCCAGGCGAAAGAACGUAGGAGGCAAGGUCCUUGGCUUCUUUUACUGAGAGUGUUCAGGGUUAGAUAUCUGAACUUAUUCAAGCCCGCAUUCUUGCGUUGAGGGCUCUGGGUUCUGGGAUCGACCUAAGCGCUAGGGUAGGUGUGGAGCAGGAGUCUGAGCAAAGCCGUUCCUCAAAUUGUGAUUUUCCUGCAAUUUUCGGGAAAAGAAUUCUUCGAAGUACCCUGCACUUAUAUCUAUCAAUCCAAUUCUCGUGCAGCACUCUUUGUAAUACUGUUGUUUAUUUCUCACUAAAUUUCUACCGUCACAAUUUUGGUGGGAGUGGUUUUUA